CAUCUCUUCUAUCUUCGCGCGCUCCACCUCCCAGUUCUGCUACACCGCUCGCCAACGGGCACAUAUCUUCUCUCUUCUCCAUAUGUAUUUUGCUUAGCUGCCGUCUUCUUUUCUUCUACACUAUCUUCCAGUUCAUUCCAAUGUGAUUGAGAUACUCUACGUAAAUCCAGGUAGUGUUGCAAUCUUGUGCGCGCAGUCUGACCGUCCUGGCCAGGAAAGUGGUGGACGAAACAAGGGUAUUUGCGGGCAAUCGCAGAAUAGUGCUGGCACAUGAUCCGUCGCUGUGGACCCAGGCUCCAGCUUUUUUAUUUUUAUUUUUUGUCUAGGCGGCAAUGUAAACGCAUUUCGCCAAUCGCGUUUGUCCUCUCUUUUGCUUUCGAAUUAGCUAUAUCUAUUCACUCUGGUAGGGAGCUUGAAUGCACAGCAGCAACAGCAACAGCACCCGCCCACCCUCCAGCACAGACAGCUACUCUGAACGGUUCUACACGUACGCAAAGCACGGACUCUACCUCGGACUCACACUGGGCAUCAGCUACAGACUAUACAGAAUGUUUCAGCGGUACCAGACAAGCGCAGAUAUCCCCGACAGCAUAGUCAAGUCGCACCGGCCAAUCCACGGCAUCGUCAUCGACGUAUCCGACGGCGACACCUUGCGACUCUACCAUACCCCGGCCCUGCAGUGGUUUUCAGCGCCGCCAGAGAAAAAGCGCGGCAUGUCCAAAUGGUCGAUUUCCGUGCGUAUCUCGGCGGUGGAUGCGCCCGAGGUGUCGCAUUUCGGCAAGCCCGCGCAGCCAUUGUCGAAUGAGGCCAAGGAGUACUUGGCCAGCCAGGUGCUGGGCAAGCGGGUGACCGUGGUGCCGCUGGCCAAGGACCAGUAUGGCCGCAUUGUCGGCUCGGUGUACUACCGGUCCAUGUAUGUGUUCAAGUACGAUGCGUCGCAUGAGAUGCUGAAGGCCGGGCUGGCUGUGCUGUACCGCGGCGGCAACGCGCAGUACAAUGGCGAGAAGGAGCUGCUCGAGCGGAUCGAGGAGGAAGCAAAGCGGGCGAAGCGCGGCGUGUGGGGCCUGAAGGGCAAGUUUGAGACGCCAGCCGCCUACAAGGCCAAGCACAAGUAACAGGAUAUAUCUUUUUUUUGA